AUGGAAGAAGUGAAGAAAGAGGAAGAGGAAAUGAAGGGAGAGAAGGAGGAAUACCUGAGGAUUUACCUGAGACAAAAUUCUUGGUGUUCCCUCCUCCUCCUCCCCUUGGUUGUCACUGCAAGUCGUCUUCAUAUGGGAUUUGGUGUGUGUUCAAAAGAUAUCCAUGGAGUUUUCUACAUCCACAAACUUGCUAUGUGCAUGAGUGAGUUCCUUAGCAAUGCAUUGGUUGGAGUAAUGUUGCCUACGGUUGGGUCCAUGGUUGGUAAAGCUUAUCAGAAGCUUGGAGAUUUAAACUUGAGGUAUGUGUUCAUCGAUCCCUUUCUCUCCUUCCACUUCUUCGAUUCUCCGGUUAGCUUCGAGGAGAGACUAAAGGCUGGUUUCUCUGAUGAGAGCUUCUCUGGCGUUCCCGUCUUCCAGUCAAAGAGCUUGAUACUGAGGAGUCAAAACAAGAGAUACCGUCCUGUUUUUUUCAGGAAGGAGGACCUAGAAAAGUCCCUAUUAAGAGCUUCGCGCCAGCAGAAGAAAUUGAAUCCUGCCUUCAGGGAGGGGGAUAUUCAGGUUGCUGUUCUUGAGGAUAUUAUUCAAGGAAUGAAGAAAAAAGCAAGAUGGGUAGUCAGAUUUUGUUGCCGUCUCCUCUACUUAGCCUUUUGACCUCAUUUGCCUGAAAUUCGACAUACUUCAUACAUGUGAUUCUGAAAUAUGACUUCAUGUCUCUGUUCGAUAGCUGAUACAAUCUGCCUAAUGGCCACAAGUACCCUGACUUAUUUUGUGAGAAACUGUCUUUAUAGUUCGUUUGGUUUGUGGAAAAUUUUCUUUUCUCUUCUUGUUAUCUUUUCCCAUGGCGGGAAGAGCUUAGGGCUGGCUGUGGGGUUGGGAAGGUGGGAUUGUUUGUGGUUUUGGAUUCUGCUGUAGGAAAUGAAAAUGAGGUAAAGGAUGCAUUUUGCAUAACCCCUGCAGAUCCUUAGUUAUCCUAGCAAGUGGGUGAGUUACUGAGUUUUGUACAAAUCUGAUCAUGAGGUUUUU